GUUUAAUUUCUGGUAAAUAUUAUAUUGGACAAUGUUACGAUAAUGGUUAUGAUGUUAUUAAAAACCUAUCCCAUUCUUUUAAUUGGUACUUAAAAUCUGCAGAAGAAGGAAAUGCAAGUGGACAAAAUGAAAUUGGAUAUUGCUUAAUGUAUGGUGAAAGAACCCAUAUUGAGGAAGAAAAAGGGUUAAAAUGGUAUAUAAAAUCAAUUGAAAAUGGAAGUUAUUUGGGACAUUGCAAUGCUGGUUGUUAUUAUGAAGGCAUAGGAGAUUAUACAGGAGCUUUUGAGAACUAUGUAAAAUCUGCAGAAGGAGGAAGUUGUUUAGGGCAGUAUAACCUUGCUCAUUGUUAUAAUGAUGGAAUAGGUACUAAUCAUACAAAGUUAUGGUAUCAUAUUUAUUAG